CCUCCUGCCACGGUGACGGAGAAUCUCCACGAUUACCACCCUGACCCCUCCUCCGCUUGCCGGCCUGGCUACAUAGGCAGCAGCUAGACCGCCAUCUGCCUCUCCAGCGCCAAGCCAAGGUUUCCGCUACACAACAAGAAAAAUCCUGCGUCUGUGGUUAGGAGGAAAGAUGGCCGGCCGCAACUUGGGCGCCGCAGGAGCAAGCGGGUUAGCCAGGCCGCCCAAGAUCGACGUGAAGACGCUCUGCCUACUGUACAUGGUGCUUUUCAUGACGCUCUGGAUGUCCUCGCUUCGGUGGCCGAGUCCCGCCGGCGCCGGGGUCGGGGUCGGGUCCCGCCGCUACGGCCCGGCCGUGGAAGCCCUGGUCACCUGCUUCUUCUUCACCUUCGUCACCGCCCUGCUGCAGGCGCUGCUUGCCAUCGCGCUGUCGGAGAAGCCGGCGCCGACGGCGCUUCCGCCUCCCGUGAGCCAGUGGAUGAUGAGCAUAUCCGUGUGGAUGUCCGGCGUCCUGUUCUACCUGAUCUACACCGCCAUGGCCGGCGGGUAUGCGCCGGGGCCGAGCUGCUCGGACCUGAUCAUCGCCGGGGUCGCCAGUGUGGUGAGCCUCGCCAUGACCGUCUACAACAUGCUGCAGCGCCCCGUCUUUGCUUAGCUGCCGGAUCGACGAAGAUUGAGCGAGCAUCUUGGUACCUGAACUGUAGCGACCGUUUGGAUUUGCCUUGCUAUGGCAGUUUACCUACUUACUAUACUAGUAUUUUCUGUCUAGUGUUGGAUGUGUUAUGAGUUUAAGGUUCUCUAUCUGCUGGAAGGACUUGACUUCAUUCGGGGGACAUGAUUAAUGUGUUCGUCUGUCAGUACCUGUUGUUUUCGGGAAAAAACUAUUUUUGUAGGGAAUGUUUCAUGAAAAACUUGUUGAUGGGGA